AUGCAUCCUCUCCGGACACCCUCAUACCCGCCCGGACACCCGGCCUGCCACAACCCGCGCGGGCCGCGGCGGAGCGGCGGAGCAUGGCGCACGACCAGGUGUGGUACUCGCGGCCGCGGAACUACGGCAAGGGAUCGCGUGAAUGGUAUGCAUCCGGGCCCUUUCGUGCUGCUAACUCUCCAGCCGUGUCUGUGGACACGUCGCCGGCGUAAUCAGAAAAUACGGGCUAAACAUCUGCCGACAGUGCUUCCGCGAGUAUGCGGUCAGCAUCGGCUUUCAGAAGGUAAGCGGUCCUACCGGGGUGAGCAUGCUGACAGCCCAGUAUCGUUAGCGUGUGCGGUGUGUUUGUGCAGUGUGCUCAGUGUGCUGCAGCGUUGUAGGGGUGUUUGA